GAAAAACCACUCAAGAGGAGUUUCUGUAACACAUGUUGGCCAGAGCUCGCCAAACUUCGUGCUCCGCUGUCGUCCAGGUGUAAGUUUGUGCUCGAGGGACAGACAGACACGCGACGCCUCCAGUAGAGAAGUCUCCGAUAUUUCAUCUGGAUUAAUUUCAGGAUUAGGCCGCUAUCUGAAGCGCGGGGGACAGACUCCACCCGUCCCAGGUAAAGCGCUCCGUGUCCGUGUCCGUGUCCUCGAGGCCCAUGGUCACCGGCGCACCGGGGAUAUGUACCCGGGGAUAGGCAUGCCCUCCACCCACGGACCGCCGGCGGCUUACGAGCCUAGUUUAUUCCACAGCCCCUCGGCCCCCUCUCCGGUGUACGUGCCGACCACACGGGUGACCCCAAUGAUCCCCGCGCUACCGUACCUGCAGACGCACGGGCCCUCGCAGCAGCAGAGCGGCCCGGUGGUGUCGAGUGGUCACGCGGCGUGGGCGCAGACAGCUUCCGAGGCUCCCGGGUCCUCUUACCAACACACCGCCAACACACACCACCAUUCCCCGGUGUCUCCGCGCUUCGCCUUUUCCGCGAGCCCGCCGCUUAUUACCUCCGGGAUGGCCACGGCGGCGGCGCGGGAAACAGCGACCUACACGAGUCCCUUGAACAUCUCCCCCAGCAACGGGAGAGAAGUCUACGGAGCGACGCGAGGGCUCGUCGGCGGGACCUACCACAGCUCGUACCCGGCGUACGUGAGUCCGAACCUGGGCGGCACCUGGUCGGCGCCUCCGUUUGACAGCUCCGUGCUCCACAGCCUUCAGCCCGGCGCGGCGGGAAUCACCACCGCACGGCAUCCGCAUCUGGACCUGUUUGAUGAGUGUGUGGAGGGCCGUGAGUGUGUGAACUGCGGGGCGAUGUCCACGCCGCUGUGGAGGAGGGACGGCACGGGUCACUACCUGUGCAACGCCUGCGGCCUCUACCACAAGAUGAACGGCAUCAACCGGCCCCUCAUCAAGCCCCAGAGACGCCUGUCUGCCUCCAGGAGGGUGGGUCUGUGCUGCACUAACUGCCACACCACCACCACCACGCUGUGGAGACGGAACGCAGAGGGGGAGCCAGUCUGCAACGCCUGCGGCCUUUACAUGAAGCUCCAUGGGGUGCCUCGUCCUCUGGCCAUGAAGAAAGAUGGCAUCCAGACACGCAAACGCAAACCCAAGAACUUCAGCAAGUCCAAACCCGGAACCCCGCCCAUGGAUGGCCACACCCCCUCCUGCACUCCCAGUUCCAGCAAUAACGUAGACGAGCCUCGACCAAUCAAAACAGAGCCAGACACACACCAUCUCUACACACACCAUCUGCACACACAGGUGUCUGCCCUCCCUGUGUACGUGGGCACGCAGACUGGCACUGCCACCUUAAAGCUCUCGCCCAGUGGCCACCCUGCCCCCUCCAGCUCCAAGAGUGAACCCUGGAACAGCCUCAUCCUGGCCUGAGGGGCCACACACACACACACACACACACACACACACACACACACACACACACACACACACACACACACAGAGGACAACAGAGGAGAUCCCAGGACAAUCAGCACGGAGCCAUUGAACAGCUAACAGAGACUGAGGACUGAACUCCAGGCUGAUCACAUACACACACACACACACACACACACACACACACACACACACACACACACACACACACACA